AGUUUGGGUCAGGGCCACCUCACUGACUGGAAGCCAACAAGAAGAAGAAGAGACCCAGCCCCUCUGUAAACCAGCACAGAGAGGCGUCCGGGUUUCCACCCCUUUGCCGAUUAGUUUGAUAGCAGGAUAGCGACGGACUAAAUCGGGAAUGGCUCCUCUCCCUUUUCCACACAAGUUAUAAAAUGCUAUAUCAGUGCGGGUUGUUAAUGUUACAGUUUAACGCUGGUUUGUUUUCCACCUCCACCACGGUCCACGGCUACUUCCUGGAGCCACAGAGAGAGGCAGUGCUGAGUUAAAGAGACAGAAAAUACUGAUAGAAAUUCAGAUAGAAAAAAAUACUGAGAGAAGAGAGGGGUUGGAGACGCGAUAGGAACAGUUGACUGGAUUCCCAGAAAUUGAAAAACCCUCUCUCUCUCUCUUCUUAUUUAUAUGUAUUUUUGAUAUUUCUUUGUUAAACCGAGUCGUUAUUCUCCGUUGGUUUGUAAACUAACAAACGGUUUGGAUGACGGUUGGCUGCGGCUAAAGCGGAAUUGUAACGGGGGAACAUAUUCCUCCCUCCGACGGAGAGAAGCCUCGCAGAGAUUUUUUUCCUUUUUUAUUUUACAGUAGACUCAUUCCUGUGUUUAUUUUUAAACCCACAAAAUCAACCCGGGUGUUUAUUUUUAUAUUUUUUUUACGAUUCCACAAGGAAGGGUUAGGGCGACGGAAGAUGGGUUGUUUGGGCAACAGCAAGACUGAAGAUCAACGCAUCGACGAAAAGGCACAACGAGAGGCUAAUAAAAAGAUAGAAAAACAGUUGCAAAAGGAAAGACAAGCGUAUAAAGCCACACACAGGCUCUUAUUACUGGGUGCGGGAGAGUCCGGAAAAAGCACCAUUGUGAAGCAGAUGAGGAUUCUACACGUCAACGGCUUCAACGCGGAAGAAAAGAAACAGAAAAUCCAAGAUAUUCGGAAAAACGUGAAGGAUGCCAUAGUGACUAUAGUGUCUGCGAUGAGCACUUUAAUACCCCCAGUCCCGCUAGCCAACCCAGAGGACCAAUUCAGGAUCGAAUACAUCAAAAGCAUAGCACCCCUCUCCGACUUUGACUACUCGCAGGAGUUCUUUGAUCACGCAAAGAAGCUGUGGGACGACGAAGGAGUGAAGGCAUGCUUUGAGAGAUCCAAUGAGUACCAGCUCAUCGACUGUGCACAAUAUUUCCUGGACAGAAUUGACUCUGUAAGACAGAACGACUACACACCAACGGACCAGGACCUGCUACGCUGCCGAGUGUUAACUUCAGGGAUUUUCGAGACGAGGUUCCAAGUAGACAAAGUGAACUUUCACAUGUUUGAUGUUGGAGGCCAGAGAGAUGAAAGGAGAAAAUGGAUCCAGUGCUUUAACGACGUCACUGCUAUCAUCUUCGUGGUGGCCAGCAGCAGCUACAACAUGGUAAUAAGGGAAGACAAUAACACCAACAGGCUACGGGAAGCCCUGGACCUCUUCCGCAGUAUUUGGAACAACAGAUGGUUACGCACUAUAUCGGUCAUAUUAUUCCUGAACAAGCAGGACAUGCUGGCUGAGAAAGUAUUAGCUGGAAAAUCCAAAAUUGAAGACUACUUCCCCGAAUAUGCUCGCUACACCAUACCAAAUGAAGCAACUCCUGAACCUGGUGAAGACCCAAGAGUGACAAGAGCUAAGUUCUUCAUCCGAGACGAGUUUCUUCGGAUCAGCACUGCGAGUGGCGACGGCAGACAUUACUGCUACCCCCACUUCACCUGCGCCGUGGACACAGAGAACAUCCGGCGGGUGUUCAACGACUGCCGGGACAUCAUCCAGAGAAUGCACCUGCGGCAGUACGAACUCUUGUGAUGGGAGACCGCCUCCGUCAGCCUUCUGUGUUUUUCUCCACCAUUCUGCAUCCUUGACGAACCCUUUCUCCUCCUCCUCCUCCUCCUCCUCCACCCUUACUCCUCACCCCUCCUCCCUCAAAGAAACCCUCAACAACCCCCUGACCACCCCUCCUGUCGAGGACUAUGAAGUACUACUGAAGUGUGUCAAAUCCUCUUCCUCUUCUUAACUUCUUAGCUUUUUGUACUUUUUUUUUUCUUUUUUCUCUGAGACCGAUUCAUCCCCAUUUCACCGACGUGAAAGGAAGGUUGGGGAACAAAGUUGUUGCGUGCCGCUUCUCGUUUUGUUUUGUUUUCCUUCUUUUUCUUUUAAUCCUUCCUUUUGAAUGCCUUGAUUUUUGUCAUUCCACUAAGCCUUGGGCUACCUCCUUCUUUUUUUUGUUUUUCUUCUUCUUUUUUUGCCCCUUCGUGUCCUGUUUUUUGGCUUUGUCAUUGGACCUGGACUGGUGGGUGUGGAUACAUAAAAACACACCUACAGGACCUCAGUGUAGAGGCAGUGUGUGUGUUUGUGUGUGUGAAGGAGGAAUGCCAUGUGAGCGAGCGCAUGCGUUUAUGUUUGUGUGUCACCUGCCGGUUAAAGCUGGCAUCACCACCAUGACCUUUGCCCCGCCCCUCCCCCCCCCCCCCCCUUUUUUUUUUUGCCCCGUCACCCCCUCUGACCUGCUUCUUCUCUCUGCGUGGAAGACUACACCGGAGAGGAACGGGAGUGGACGGAGGGGAACCGAGUGGAUGAAGAGAUAAAUGCACUUUGCAUCAGGUUCCUUAAUAACUUUUUUUUUUUUUUUUUUUUUUGUUGUUGUUGUUGUUUUUUCUCCAGAGGAAGCAUACACACAAUGUAGCAUCACAAUAUUUAUUACCCUGUCACGAUGUUAGCUUGCCGAGCUGCAGGGUGCACCGAGCAGCCGAGAGACAUGUGGAGCGAAAGAUUAAAAGUGGGAGGGGGGGGGCAGGAAAUACGACGACACGAAGAAGGAUUUAAAUGAAGGAAAAGGGACUGAGCUCUCUGCACCUUAGCCCUGCUGCCUCCACGGACUCGGACCUGCCUCCUUUUUCCACACAAACCAUCCUUUUAGCUUAGAGAUACUGAUGGGAGGGGAGGGUGGGGGGGGGGGGGUGGAGGGACGGGAGAGAAAAAUGUAUUGUUCUCUUUUUCUUUUCUUUUUUUUGUUAACUUGUACACUGUGCAAGGUUGAAUUAUCCUGUACAGACUGUAAAAUGUAAUAUUAUUUUGUACAACUUAAUUGAAAGAAAAACAAAUCUACUUGUAGAUCUUUGUGCCUUGAUUAUGGCUGUACCUGUAAAUGAGCUCAGAUGUAAGUAUGUUUUCGACUGCGCUGUACAGCUUGAUGUCAAUCUCUAUCAGCAGCGGAAGACUGCGGGUAGGGGACUUUCUCUGUAGAGUUUAGUUUUUUCUGGUUUAUAAAAAAAAAGGAAAUGCUGUUUAGUAAAAAAUAAAAAAUAGGGAAAAAAUCCUAAAAACCUGUAUACAUUAUGCAAAUUAACCACUUACCUGCAGUGAAGACCAGAUGUUGCAGCGCCAUGCCUUUUUUUUCUUUCUUUCUUUUGUUGGUUUUAUUUUUCCUCCUUUUUUUUAUUUUUAUUUUAUUUUGAAUUUCACAGCUUUAAACAAACAUUGGAAAUCCAUUGAAAGUGUCCAAAUUGCAACCUGGUGUUGUUUUAAUAGGAACCAACGUUUUUUCGAUAUGAAGUGUGUCUGAGAUCUGUACUGAUGUGCGUGCCUGUGCGCAUGUGUACAUAAAACAAACAUAGACUCACAGACGCAUUGUGUGUGUGUGUGUGUGAGUGUGUGAGGGCGAAUGUGCGUUGUGUGUAAAAUUUUAUAAAUGUAUGUACAUGUAAAUUUAUAGGUCUAUAUAAAUAUAUAUGUACAAUUAUACAUGUUUAAUUAUGUGUGUGCCUAGGUGUACAUACCUAUGUAUGUAUACGGUAAAUAUGUAUACAUACACACAUAGGAAAGCAUGUUUAGAAUGGAGAUGAAUAAAUGAGAGCGUGCAAUAUUAGUAAUUCUUUGGUCCUUUGGAGCCAUACCCAAUGGCACAGGCACUAUGAAUGUGUGAGCAGCACCCAACAAGACAAGCUCUUCUCCUUGUACAAACAGCAUCAGCCUUUUCUUCUGCUACAGUACACGUCUAUCCCCAAAAGAGAGUGAACUGACUGGAGGUGCAAAAACCUUGUUUGGCCUGGGAGGAUGAUUAAAUGACAUUUUUAUUUUCUUUAAAUAAAGAGGCACAUUAGAGGACUUUGCUUUAUUUCCA